ACCUUAAGGGUGCGAGGGGGGGGUGGCAAAGAACUGAGACUUGGAAGGUGCCACGCGGCGGAGGCAGGCGCGUGUGGGAACCCGAAGGGACUGGACAGUCCCCCAUAGCCCCACUUUCCUUCCCCAGCCGUCCUUCUGCCAUGAGCGGUCUAGUGCAGACCGAGCCGCUGCUCGGGGAGCCGCCUCUGCUGGUACGCGGCGACCCCUACUCGGUGGUGGUCCUUCUGCAGGGCUAUGCGGAGCCCGAAGGGGUGGGCGACGCGGUGCGCGCCGACGGCUCCGUGACCUUGGUGCUGCCUCAGGCCUGGGGCCCGGCUUCCAGCCACCGACAGUCCCCGCCCGAGGGCGGCGGGGCGAAGACCGCCCUGGAGGAGGCGGCCCGUGGUCCCAUCCUCGUAGACACUGGGGGCCCUUGGGCCCGGGACACACUCCUGGGGGCCCUGGCGCGGCAGGGCGUGGCCCCCGGAGACGUGACUCUGGUGGUGGGCACCCAUGGACACUCGGAUCACAUCGGGAACUUGGGGCUGUUUCCCGGGGCGGCUCUGCUGGUCUCUCACGACUUCUGCCUCCCCGGGGGCCGCUACUUUCCCCACGGGCUAGGUGAGGAGCGGCCCCUGCGGCUGGGGCCGGGGCUCGAGGUGUGGGCCACGCCGGGCCAUGGGGGCCAGCGGGACGUGAGCGUAGUGGUGGCGGGCACGGUCUUGGGCACCGUGGUGGUGGCGGGCGAUGUGUUUGAACGCAGUGGAGACGAAGACUCGUGGCAAGCGCUGAGCGAAGACCCGGUGGCCCAGGAGCGGAGCCGGAAGAGGGUACUAGGCACAGCGGACGUGGUUGUGCCUGGUCACGGAGCCCCCUUUAGGGUGGUCAGGGAAGCCCCUCAACCACCGAACUGACGUCCAGGAGAACAGAGGACCCAGUCGGCUGAGUCGGAGGAAUCAGGGGUGAUGGCUUCCAGCUGUCGCAAGAAGCUGGUUUUCCAGCAAGGACAGUCACCGAUAUCACUGCAACCAAACUAGGACCAAGCACUGACUCAGCUGUGUGCCACCUCUUUGGGCCUCCGUAAAAUGGGAGAGUGUUCUUGGGAGAGUCGUCCAAAAUAAAAAUAGAAAACUGUAUGGAAAAUCGUACGGCCCUCAUGUAAAUGCGAAUCAUUAAUAAUGACAAUCCUGAAAUUUGGUAGUUAGCAGCUGCAGCAGGGGGACGCUUUGGCCAAUUGCUUGUUUCUCAUAAGAUAGAGAUUUGCUGUGAAGGUGCAGGGCAUAUAAGUAACACCUUAGUCAUGUGAUUAUCAUCCAUCUGUUCAAGGAAUAUUUAACAACCUGCAAUGUUUCAAACACUGCCCUAGGUCAUGGGGAUGCAACAGUGAGCAAGCUAGACAAACUCCCUGUCCCUUAUGGAGAUUACAUUCUAGAGACAAAGACAAGUAAACAACAAUAAUAGUAAACCAAAUAAUUACAGAUUGUGAAUAGUGACAUGAAAGAAAAGGAGGGCAAAGGGGAUGGAGUGCCAAGAUGGGAAAAUGACCUCUUUUAUUUAAGGUCGUCAGGAAGAGCCUCUGAGGAGAUGAUGUUUGAUCAGGGAACCAAAUGAGAAGAAAGCCAACCAUGUGAGGGAGGAUCUGGCAGUUGUGCAUUCCAGGCACAGGAACAGCAGGUAUAAAGGUCCUGAGGCAGGACAGCUUGACCUGCUUGAGUAGCAAGACUAUGGGGUUAGAAUGUAGAGUGCCAAGGAAGAGUGGCAACAAAUGAGGACAAAGAAUUAGG